UCCCUCCCGGCUCGCGGGUCUCGGACGCGCCUGGUGCCUUUGUGAAUGGGUCGGGGGUCGGGAGGGGCCUAGGCCCUUAAAUGGGCAACGCUUCUUGGCAAAGGCGGCCCGCGAGCGGGGCAGAGUGCGGCCCCUUCCCCAGGAAUUGUGCAGGAAGGCGACAGGGAUUAUUUGGCUCCACAGGCAUGGCCUUCCUCAUUUUUCGUUUUAGCGCACAUAGCAGCGGUUUGGGGUUAAGCCCGAUACGAAUCGCGAUGUGCGUGUGUGUGCUUUUUCCUUUUAAUACUUAUUUUGGACCUUGCCAGUUGGUGUGGGAACGUGGACUAAGAAGUGUUUAAUUCCAGCCUCCCGUGUCCUGCCGUCAAUCUAAAGUAGCUGCAGAUGUUCUGCAUAUGGGCUUUAAACAACAUUGCAGGGAAUGCUACCUCUGGGUAAGGGAUUUAGAGCGACUGUAUGCGUGAGAGAGAAACAUUCGCAUAAACUAUACUGUACACACACCAAACUGAACUGUAAUGGCAGACAACCGCAUUCUGUUGCCUUGCUUCCCAGAUGACGUUGAACUCCAACUUCCAUCUUCCCCAGACAUCAUAGAUCAUUGUCAGGGGGGAUGGGAGUUGGAGCCCAUUGGAAGGAUAUUUGAUAUUGGAAGGCCAACUUAGCUCCGUUGGGAAGAGCAGGGGCCUGAUAGCACCAAGGUUGUAGACGGGACAGCUGCAAAUUCCUGCAUUGCAGGGGGUUGUGCUAGAUGAGCCUCAGGGUCCCUGCCUGCUCUACAGUUCUAUCAUUCUGUAUGGUCUCCUAUGCCAGAAGAAGGGCAUUAAGCCUUUCAAUGCAAUCCAGUGACUUGCAAGUGUUGCUUCACAAGGUUUGGAGCCAAGUCUUGUCAAUGCUGCUGUUCGACAGUGGAAUUUGCUACCAAGGAGUGUGGUGGAGUCUCCUCCUUUGGAGGUCUUUAAGCAGAGGCUUGACAGGCAUAUGUCAAGAAUGCUUUGAUGGUGUUUCCUGCUUGGCAGGGGGUUGGACUGGAUGGCCCUUGUGGUCUCUUCCAACUCUAUGAUUCUAUGAUUCUAGAGUAUCAGGAAUUCCCUGGCUGGGGGUCUGUUCAUCCACUCCCUCAUUCCGUCUCCAGCAGCCAGGUGUGUUGUCUGGGCACUUGCAAGCAAGACCUGGUGGUGAUCUCUCCUAUCUGGUACUGUAUUCAGAUGCCCCUGAACUUAGAGGCACCACUGAGCCAAGGUGGCUGCUUUUCCCUUCCUAGACCUGCCCCCCAGGUUCCUCGAAUCUGCUUUAAAAAACUUUUCUGCACUAGUCUCCCUUGCAGUGUUUCCCAUAAAUUAGUUUUGUGAAGAAGAAACUCUUCUUUUGCAAUUUCUGAACCUGCUUCCAGUAAACUUUAUUGAGGGGAGCAGGAGUUCUACAACUGAGAAUAGGGGGCGGGGGAGUUUUUCUCUCCAAAACACUAAUAUGUAAUUUUAUAAAUCUGUCACGCCUCCCCAUACCUAGUUGUCUCACUUCUCAAAACCAGAAAAUGUGGUCUUAAAAGCAUGAGUAAUCAUGUACAUUCUUGCAAGUAUCUUACAUACCAUUUGUUUCUCUUUGGAAGUCCCUGCAACCCUUCUCUGUAAAAACCAAAACAAUAAGGAUCAUUUCUGUCUGGGUCUGUCUCUGUUCUCCAAGAAGUGAUGUUAGCUGCUUCACUUGCUGAGCCUGGGAAGUCCACUAUUGCUAUUGUGGGUUUAUCUAAAGCAGGGGUGGCCAACUCCCAAGAGACUCUGAUCUACUCACAGAGUUUACAACUGGGAGUGAUCUACCCCCUUUUGGGGGGUUCAGGUCAAAGCUGUUGAGUUUUUUUUAAGGAAGGGAAGCCCUGUUUUGGGGGGUUUAGGUCAAACUUGUUGAGCUUUUAGGAGGGAGGGAGGCCCAUUUUUGUUUAGGGCUUCAGGUCAUAGUUCAGCUUUUUUAGGGAGGAGGAAAAUUUUGGGUGAGCUUUUUUAGGGGUGCCAGUGAUCUAGCAGUGAUCUAUCACAGACAUCCAGUGAUCUACUGGUAGAUCACAAUCUACCUCAGGGGUCUCCAAACUAAGGCCCGGGGGCCGGAUGCGGCCCAAUCGCCUUCUCAAUCUGGCCCGCGGAUGGUCCGGGAAUCAGCAUGUUUUCACAUGAGUAGAAUGUGUCCUUUUAUUUAAAAUGCAUCUCUGGGUUAUUUGUGGCGCCUGCCUGGUGUUUUUACAUGAGUAGAAUGUGUGCAUUUAUUUAAAAUGCAUCUCUGGGUUAUUUGUGGGGCAUAGGAAUUCGUUCAUAUUUUUUUCCAAAAUAUAGUCCGGCCCCCCACGAGGUCUGAGGGACAGUGGUCCGGCCCGCUGCUGAAAAAGCUUGCUGACCCCUGCUCUACCUGUUGGACGUGCCUGAUCUAAAGUAUUUGAGUACUUUGGUGGCACUUACAAACCCCCCCCCAGGGGCUGUUGCCAGGCCUCCUUUCCCUGAGGGCAUUUAAAGAAUGCAAAGGUAGAAGCAGCUGCUGGGCCACAAGGAUUUGCAGCAGAUGUGGAGCAAAGUUGGAAGCAACUGGUAGGGGAAACUCCUGUGUCACUCUUUCAGUUGGGGUGUUGCACAGAGGUUAAAAUUGUGAGGUGUAGUCACUGGAUUGGUCCAUUGACUCUUCCUGAUCUCCCACCCCCUCUGACUUCUUGUAACUUUUAACUGUGCCUCUUCCUUCCUUCCUAACUGACAAGUGCUGGAGCUGGUUAACAUGGGUUCAUCUUGAAUAUUUUUUGCUGCUUCAGGAGUCACUAACUCUAAGAGGGCUUUGCCUGCAGCAACACCUGUUGCCCUGAUAACUCAAGUGAGGAUUCUGAAUCCAGAGAGCCUCCUCUCAUUCCAAGAAAUAUCAUGGCCGAACCAGAUUACAUAGAUGAAGACAAUCCUGAGCUAAUUAGACCCCAGAAACUAAUUAAUCCUGUGAAAACAUCCCGGAAUCAUCAAGAUCUUCAUAGAGAGCUCCGCAUGAAUCAGAAAAGGGGUCUUGCUCCUCAGAACAAGCCGGAGCUGCAAAAGGUGAUGGAAAGACGAAAAAGAGACCAAGUUAUCAAGCAACAGAAGGAGGAGGAGGCACAAAAGAAGAGAUCGGACCUGGAAAUUGAGCUACUCAAACGACAACAGAAAUUGGAGCAGCUUGAACUUGAAAAGCAGAAGAUCCAGGAGGAGCAAGAGAACGCACCUGAAUUUGUGAAAGUGAAAGGCAAUUUGAGGAGGACAGCGCAAGAAGCUGCAGAAGUUGAAGACUCCUAGAAGAAGGGCCCCCUUUCAGACUUGAAGCCAUUUCCCCAGUGGCUGCUGCUGCGGAGAAGCUUCUCAGGGUCUCUCACCCCUUUGCCCUGAAUCUAGGUGGAAAAUGAGCUCGUACGAGGUCAACGUCUGGAACAUGUGCAGAUGAAUGAUUGCACACCAGAUAAAACUCGCCAAUAAUAAUGUGGAGACCAGAGGAGAAACAAGCAACCUGCUGUCAAUUGAAAGUAGUUGGGAGGGAAACGGAUUUGAGUCGCUGACAUUGUUUGCUUAUUCCUGAUCCGAGCUUAGUGGGCAUCUCAGGCUAGUGUGUUAUUAUUAUUAUUAUUUUUUGUAUUUCCCACUUUGUGAAGUUCUGCUAUGCAGAAGAGCAAAGUGUUCUGAAACCACUCCUUGUCGCAUUUUGUGUGGAAACUCUCCUUCAGAAAUGACAUGCUCUCUCCCCUCCCCCCCCCCCCGCGCUCCACAGCCUCUAAUGUACAUAGACGUUCCUUUAGACUUGAAGUUGGAUUUCUCUUGUCCUGCUACUUGUGUGUGGGCCAAGAGUGCGUCUUAUUGCCAUGAGGGAAUCUCUAAGAAAUGAGUUAGAGGAAAGAACUGAAUGUCUUCUUCUGCCACUGAGCCGUUUAAGGCUGUCGUUGGUCGCCUGCGCCUUUGUGGCGCUGGAAUGCCCAUGGAUGAGUGGCUGGUUUUCUCCUCCUCCAGCCUUGCUGAGCAGCCAUACUGCUUUUACCAUGUUGUUCUUCCUGUGCAAUGUGCACUUGGCCAUGUCUAAAUUGCCACUGGCCUUUCUUUCUUUCUUUCUUUCUUUCUUUCUUUCUUUCUUUCUUUCUUUCUUUCUUUCUUUCUUUCUUUCUUUCUUUCCUAUACUGUACAUAAUUUCAUGGUGGUCUAAAGAACCGCAAACUAGCUCUAGCCCUACACUGCAGGGGAUGGGGGGGGGGAGGCCUAUGUUCUCUUGGCAGCCACCCCCAUUGUGUCGCGUGGACUUUUGUGGAUCAGUUUGCGGAACAGCCUGCUGCUCUUCAAAGAAGAACACAAAAUCUAAAACAAACUGGGCAUGCUUGAACUCGCACAGGCCUUUGGGAGCUAAAUUAGUCAUUUUUAGGGUUCUUUGUGCUUUGGGCAGUUCGAAAACAAGUCCUGCACGCAUCUGGUUGACCCCGGGAUGCUGGACUCGAGGGGCCAUUGGGCUGCUCCAGAGGGCUAUUCCUAAUUCUCAAAUGGCCGUAAAAUUAAGCCCUGCAGGUACAAACAUUUGCAACUGCUUCUCAAAGCUUGACUACAGGGUAGAAUAUCCAGGAGCUUGAAAUCAUGAUGAAUUCCCUUGCCUGCCCAUGCAAUCCUAUACAUGUCUACUUUGAAGUAAGUCCCACUGAGUUCAUUGGGGCUUACUUCCAGAUAGCUUAAAAACCCCGACCCACCGGGAGGCAUAUAUAUAUAUAUAUAUAUUCUAGAAGCAUGACCCAGCUGGCCAUAUUUAUUUUUAUCUUUUGGAAUGCUUGGUUUCUGUGGUUCAUUUCACCGUUCAAUUGAUAGAAAACCACUGAAGCCCAGAUGCAAAACUGUAUAUUGUCAGUGAGGUGGGGGGGGGAAUGCCAUUAUGUGGGGCUUUUAAAGGGAAAAUGCCAAUUUAUUAUUUUUCCUAGAUUUCUAUCCACCAUCUCUUCCAGCUAGGUUUAGCACCCUUUAAAAUUACAUUUAAAACCACUGGGCAUGAGGCCCAGUGUACAGGAUAGCCCAUGAUGCUCCAAUCUGGAUAUGAUCAUUAGACAUGUUUUUAAUUUUCUACACAGUCUGGAAUCUGGGUGCUUUAGUUGUGGAAGCUUGCAAUACUUAUGCAUAACUAGAAACAAAAAGAACCUAAAAUAUGGACAUGCAGGUCCUCUUCUAAACACAGUCUCUGAUCUUAGUGAUUCCAGUACUCUUGUGUGCGAGAGAGAAACAUAUAUAAAUAAUUAUUGCAUUUUUUGUUUCGGGGUGUGCAGCUGAGUAAUGCCUACUGCUGGGAACCUCCAAAGCUGGCUUUUCAGCAAAGGCCAAAAUGGUUGUUUGAAUGAUUCUCAAGAUAGGUCCGGAUCAUGCAAGUGUCAGUAGCUGCAGUUCAACAGCUGCUUAAAUCUACAUUAGAUGAGGAUCAUGUCCAUCGGCUUGUUCUGGCAAGCUGAGCAAAACGAAUCUUUCUUUUACAAUUAUAUCCAAGCAAAAAGCAUUUGAUAUCAAUACCAGCUUGUGCAAGUGAUGUGUUCUGUCAUUGCUGCAGGCACUGGAAAUUGGAAAAACAAUUUCAGGACUGGUUCUUGGGGACCGAAUGUUGACAAAGAGCAGCCUUGCCUUUGGCAUAAAGCUUUUCAAGUUGUCAGGGCCCAAGCAGCUCUUCAGAGAAUAAAAUCACAUUAUAAAUCCAAGUCAAUGAUAAAUAAGUUUUGCUAAGAUUUAAUUUACUUCUAAUUUAAAUCCUGACAUGGUUUAUUUAUCAUUGGCUUGGACUAACAUUUUCGGAAGAGAGUGUGAAUGUGUCUAAUAUGAAACCCAUUAAUAAAGCGAUGCUAUUGGGUUGCUUAAUAUUGGCCAAAUCUGGGGUCUUUAUUUUAGAAGCAGUGGCAUCUUGGGCUGCUUUUGCAAAGCAGACUUCUGAAUGCCCAGUAGCUGCCUUGAUUUCAUUCCUUCUCAUUAGUCUGUGGAUGGAAGUUGUUUCUAAUCUCAAAAAAAGCUCAUAGCCCAUGUAGUUGCACUGUGUCUGGUUUGCCACUGUUUUUCCCUACCUUAGCCUAACUUUCUGUACUGCCGUUGGUGUGGGAGGAGCACCCAGAAAAAUCUGCCUUAAUACUUUUAUUUUAUUUUUUUAAAAAAAUCUAUAUUUAUUGGCUUUUAAGAACCUUAAAAAAUAACCGUAACUGAAAAAAAGAUGACUGCAUGUGAAGUGUCUCCCUGUGUAGCUCCAACUGAUACUGCUCCGUGACUUUCCCCUUCUCCCUCCUUGUGUCUAUGCAGUUUCUCCUCCUUUUUCUUUACCUUGUGCUCAAGCUGCCAUCGCCCCCACCUUUUUUUUUAAAAAAAAAAAAAGAUAAUCAGGAACACUUCUAGAGUCCAGUUCCCUUGCAAGCUUCUGGGUCAAUAGGUAAAUUAAGGUAUUCACAACAACUUGGGGGUAAUGAUUCCAAAAUACGACAGAUAUGUUUUGGCCCAAAGCCCUCUGAACGUAAUAAAGAUCAUAGGAUUGUAGGACGGGGGGGGGGGGGGGCAAGGCUCAUCUAGUACAACCUCCUGCAAUGCAGGAAUCUCAACUUAUGGCUCCCUAUCCAGUUUGAAACCAGACCAGACCCUGCUUAGCUUUGCCAAUGUCCUGGCAGGUUUAUUGCUGCCCUGCUACAUCACUGAGCUCUGAGUCCGACCUUUAGCUGAAUGCACAAAGGAACCUCUCUGGUCCCAAGUGCUUGUGGUGGGAUCAGCUGCCUUCUGAGGUAAGGAGGGACGUUUCUUAUAGUGCUUGAGGGGACCAGUCCUGCUUUGUAGAUACAGCACGUAAGUAGUAAUCUUCAGGGAGGGGGAGAGUAGUACUACUAAACCAGUAGAAUGUGAACCUGCUUUUAGCCCAUAUCGGAAGUCUGCCAGACUUUUUGUUUAGGAAUCCAGAAUCUUGUUAUGUGUUGGUAUGACAGACCAGAGGCCUGGCAAAUGCUGUCAAAUGGUUUGAACUUUUUCCCCUUUUGUUUUUCCUUAAUUUGUGGAGCUGAAUUAACAGCUUUCACAACUGAGAUUCUGUUCGCCUUUCCACCUUCUUCUAAAUCUUCAAUCUGCUUAAUAUUUUCAGUUGUGCUACCUUGGUUUAAAAAUGCCUGACUCUUUUUACAAAUCGCCUCUUAAGUGAGGAAUGCUUUUUAAACCACCUUUAUUUUUAGCAAGUUAAGUUAGCAAAUUAAUAUUACCUCCCUUUUCUUGGAGUGGAGUUAGUCUCUUUUAUGUCUCCAUUUGUUUCUGUGUGUACAUAUAUAAAUAUUAAAAAGGGAGCCUUAAUGGGAUUUGUUUUCAUAAUUUAAUAUUUUUUGUAUUUGCUCUUGCCUAUUGGUUUUUAACAAAGUGUUACAGAAUUGAGGAUGGAAUUCUUAGAACCAAAGUUAAUACUUAAUAAAAAAUCUUCUACAUGCUUGGAA